AUGGCGCCCAGGAGCCUUGCCCUCCUCGCCGCCCUCCUCGUCGCCGCCGCCGGCCAGGUCAGGGUGCGCGGCCUCAUGCCGGCGCCGGCGGGCGUGAGUCCCCUGGUUGGCUACAAAAUCAUCUCCGGCAGAGUGCCGUGCCGCAACGGGAGCUCCAUCGACGGAGAGUCGGGCCCGCCGUUCCCCAACGCCACCGUAGAGCUGGUGUGCCGCGCCGUCGGGGUGCUCAACACGACGACGGACGCCGCCGGCCGCUUCAGCGUCUACACGGUCAAGAUCCCCCGCGGCGUGAUCCACGACGCGCUGCACCGCCGGUGCAGGGUGGUGGUGCUCACCCCGCUGGCCGCCUGCAACGAGUCCCUGGCCGGCGUCGCCGGUAGGCUGACCGCACCGCUGGAGGAGCCGCCGCGAGUGCCCAUCGGCCUCGGGCUCGGCUACACUCUCGCCUUCAUCGUCGGGGCCUUCUCCGUAGUCUAGUUCAUGAUCGUCGAUCGGCUGGAUCGGAGAUGCUGCAUGCAUGUCUGGCCAUAGCUACGAAUAAAUCAGCAUGAUGCGGCAAUUCGAUCGAAGUAGUACCUUUGAAUUAUCGCAACUCAGGACAUGUACAAAGCAUGUAAUAAAUAACCUAUCCGGCGGUAUUGUAUGGCGUGCUACCAAGCACAGCAUAUUACAAUGUGUACUGCUCGAA